AUGGGGUCUAUUGGAAAUCCAAGUCCUUGGGCACCUUAUAGUUAUAAGGACUGUUCACAAGGAAUUUGUAGCAUGUAUUGCCCACAGUGGUGCUACAUAGUCUUCCCUCCUCCUCCUCCUUAUUUGUCAGAUGAUGAUUCCGAGACGCCCUUUUCCCCUCUGGUUAUCGCCAUCAUUGCCAUCGUGGCAAGCGCGUUUAUUCUGGUAAGUUACUAUACCAUUGUCACAGGAUAUUGCAGGCGAAGAAAUAAUCCAAAUGCGAGUGUGGAACUGGAUGAAAUUCAUGAUGAAACGAAUCGUGAUCAGUGGCAGGUUACUUCAAAUGGACUAGAUGAAGCACUUAUUAAGACUAUCACAGUUUUUAAGUACACGAAAGGUGAUGACCUAAUUGAAGGGACUGAGUGUUCUGUUUGUCUAAGUGAAUUCGAAGAAAAUGAGAGUCUUCGACUACUGCCAAAUUGCAGCCAUGCUUUUCACCUACCCUGUAUCGACACAUGGUUAAAAUCUCACGCGAAUUGUCCUCUUUGUCGUGCCAAUGUUACUUCUAUGAAUGCAGUACCUCUGUUUACACCAAGUUCUCAAGAUUCACCAGCUGUCGACAUAGCAUCUCUUGAAAUUCAAGGCUUGGAUGAUUUAAUCACGGUGGUUGAUGAUCAUGAUUGUGAUCAAGAAAGUAAUCAUCAUGAUGAGGUGGUUGUUAACCUCAGUAAUGAUGAUACUCGACCAAAGAGCUCCCGUCAAGAUAAUACUAAUGCAGAGGAUUCCGAAACAAGAAAUAGUGACAUUGCCAGUACUACUGAUCCUAAAGACGUUAAAAAAUUUACAAGAUCAAAUUCUUUAGGUACAUUCUCGACUCAAAACGAGCUUUCAAUUGCUGAAAUUGUGCGAAUCGAAGAAGAGAUACAGAUGAUGAAAUGUCAAUCUUGGAAGGAAACUGGUUCCUCGAGGAUUUUCGGGAAAAGAUAA